CCUGAAUCGCUAGCGUGAAGAGCCUCCAUUACGAUGACCUCCAAUACCUCCACCUCUUCUCAACUCACAUUUUCCCUCAACUCAAUCUUUGUCCAGAAGACUCAACACAUUAUAUGUUAACAUUUUGUUUCCGUUUCCACCAUCUACUGAAGAUAGCCUUCCUUCAUAAUCAUAAUCUUCGUAGAGACCACAUUAACUUCCCUUUACAAAAUAAAAUCUUCGUGCUGAAUCUACUAGAAAGGUGUUGAAAUUGAAUUCUUGAGAUAGGCUAAGAUUUUGAAAAAAUGGCGGACGCGGACGAUGACGAUGGCACUGUUGCCACCAGUGCCCAGGAUUUCCCUGCCAUCACGGCGAUGACAUUGGUACUGUGCCUUUUUUACAAUUUGUGGAGAAUGCUGGAUGAAGUAAGUGUAGACACAUAAAAACUAGCUAUUUUUUCGACAAAAACAAGAACUCUGUCCUAUUCAAGAAAAACCUAUGCAACAACUAUCGUGUCUUAUUAUUCAUAUCUCCACGUCCACUUGUUCCCACCACAAACCACGAACUAUGUCCAAUCUCUAUCCCUAUCGGAAUCUGAUAAGCGAACAGGCCAACGCCUAAGCCACUAAGCCAACUGCGCACUUAUCAGAAUCUACCAAUCUAAACAACAGGGCCUCAUAACGUAUAUUUGGUUUUUGUCGAUGACCUCUGGGAAACUGGACGAUGGAACGUACGAUAAGCUAGGCCCGGCUAUUCUGGGGAAAUAUGGUGGUGGUUGCAGGCAAAUGUCUUACGAUCUCUACUUCAGCGAAAUCGCGUACUUCUAUUUUUACUCUUUACUUUUUCUUUUGCAACAUUUUCUUUCAAAUACUAUACUAUUCCCUACUUCUUCCACUAUCAGGGGCAACAUUUUCUUUCAAAUACUCUCAUAUUCCCUACUUCUUCCACUAAUAUUGCUGUUCUGGGUAUUUUUACUCUUUUUUGAAGUGGCACUUCAAGUAUAGUACUUUUUCCACUAAUAUUGCUGUUCCUUUUACUCUUGUGGUGCGGCUCUUUGACUCUUUUUUGAGGUGGCACUGGGUAUCAGGGUAUACAAGAGUUUGUUCAGGAUGUGAAACGUGAUGUAAGGCACAAAGUAGAAGUACUAUCCAAAACCCACCAAACCAGGCACGGUUUCGCGACUCCCAAUAGUGCAGUGUACGCGGUGAACGCAGUAGCCCUUAUAUUCUUCAUGUUGUGGAUAGAAUUUGCAUAUCAGGCAAAAGCAACCUGCUUUCUGUUAGGCAUUUGGUGGCUCUUGAUGGUCUUGCAAGCGGUCGUAAUGGACGUCAUAGCCGGAAACAAAGGAAAUGUCAAGAUCCCGAGUGGAGGUACUACAACUAAGAAUGUUUAUGUUGCUAAGUCGAAAUGGCUUAAGUAAGAAGUCUAAACCUAAAGCUGAAUACUAGGUGAGGCACAGAUGAAGAGUUUUCUGUGAGUAUGUGAUAUUUGGGGAAAAAGCUUUGACAUGUUCAAUUAUGUGCUUCCAUCAUGUUUGUGGUCCCAUUUGACUAUGCUCCUACACUGCACCUAUCCCAACCUCAGGUCUCGGACUCUUCGUAUUGCAAAUGGCGAUAUGGCUACCGUGGCAGCGGUUCUUUGAAAUUCGGGCAGUGCUUUAUCCACCACUGACGAGAGAGGAAAAAAGAGCACAGGAGAUACAGGACAUUAGCGCAGAAGCACAGAAAUUAGGGGUACAAAAAUGUUUUUAAUAUUUAGUUAAGCUUCUACGUCUACCCGUUAGAUUACAAUUUCCAAUCAUUCGUAAAUUACUGCUGGGUCUGGCAUAGUACAACGGAACGUUAUGUCCUCCUGAAAUUCAAAAGAAACUCUUAAUCCAAUAACAAAAAUACGUCAUGUCUUUUUCUUUCUUGGAUCAUGUAAAACUUACUCCCUUAUUCCAACAAUCCAAAACCAAUCUCUCAGGUAACGUACGAGAUGCUGUAUGCCAUGGGCCUCCCGCAAGAAGGCAUUGUGCAAGCGGACGCUAAUAGGCGGAAGACAAAGCUAGAGGAGUACAGGAUCAUGAAUAGGAAGACUGGAGGCGUGCUGUCAGAGCGCGAUAGAUUCCUACAGCGAUGUCCGUAUCCGAAUACCUAUAUCGUCUGCCUGGUAACGGGAGUACCAUUGGUGGCCCUUGCAGCGCAAUAUCUCAUACUAGAUGGGAUUUCAGUCCAGAUGAACAUCGUGCCGGUUUUGGUACUUACAACUUCUAGGCUGAAAAGAGUGUUGAUUUGAAAGACGUUUUGAGAAGUUCAAAUUGGAUGACCUCGAUGAAAAUGUAGUGCUCAUUGCUUAAAAUAUAGUGAUUCCUAUGUUGGUUCGUAGGAAGGAGCUUCAUAAAUGACCCAAAGAACGUGGGCAACUUCUUCACUAUGAAAACAUUCUUGCAUCAUCAGACUAUCAUCCACCAAACCAGGUCGUGGGUGUUUUCGGCGCCAUUUUCGGUUUGUGUCUCUUCAUGAUUCCCUGGGUCCGAAGAAAAGGCUUCCGCCACAUGCCCCUGAAGAGGACGAUUCUGGAUUUGCAGGAUGAUAGUGACGAUGACGACCUAGGCCACCAGAUGAACACUCUCAUGACCGCGAAAGUUAAGGCUUACAAUAAUUCAUCUGAAGAAGCAGGAGCAUCGUCGUUUUCUUUGAAGGGGAAGGGGAACGGGCAGCAAGAUGCUCCCUUGCCCUAGCAUCCUGAUCCCGUUUUCAAAAGGAAAGAGGGACAUUUCUCCUAGAAAGGUGAAAAAAGUCAAAAAAUCAAAAAAGGAAAGAGACAACUAGAAAGGCCUUGGCUGAUAAUUAGUCGCUCGACGACUCAAAACUGACUUACUAAUGAAAGCGCCUACAAUCUAAACAGUUCAUCACUCUUCAUAUUUCUCCUUAGUCGUUCGACGACUCAAAACCUAUCUCCUCUAAUAAAGGUACGGAAGCAGGAGAUGACCAGGAAGCGCCGGAUAUCGGCGGAGAGUGGAACGCCAACGAGCAGUUGUUCCAUCGGUACAACCACAAUUUCAUGUGUAAGUUGGCCUAUUGCUGCUUCACGCUGGGCAUCGCGACGUACGUGACAAUCGCGCAACGAGCACAAAUUGGAGCAAGGUUCCAUUAAUCAGAAGAUGAUCUUAAGAGUUAGAUUAAUCUUUAAGGAGAGGAGUAGUGUGGAAGGCCUGACUAUAAGGAAUGAGUGUGGAAGCAAGGUUCCACUAAUCUUUAAGGAGCAAGGUUCCAUCCAUCUACUUGAGAACGACGAUCUACUUAAGAGUAGUGUGGAAGGCCUGACUAUAAGGAAUCCUGUUAGCGAGGUUCAGCUGAGAACAUGAGGUGGAACUAGUUGUAGGGUGGAACUAGUUGUAGAGAUAGGUAGGGCCUUAAGAGGUAGGUAGUGGACUAGUAGUAGAGAUGAUCGUGUUCUUGUACAUGGGAGAAUAACUAGAAGGUAGUUGUAGUUAAUCUUCUAUAUUGAGUUAACAUAGGUCAGUGAGAAGAGAUGCUUUCCUGGUGAAGUCUUUCUUACUGAAUUAAUUCAACCGGAUUUUUCUUACAUAAUUGCAGUCAUCAAGUGGAAAUUUUAAGUAGUAACCAUUUAAGUAGUAACCAACACAUAUUGUUGUAUCAAAGGAAUAGAACAUGAACAAGUCAAAAACUCAUAGAAAUUGUCUGAUAACACGCAAAGAAACUGGAAGUGACUCACACACUAUGAAAUUUCGCAUACACACAGGAUAAUGUUCGGAUACUGCAAAACACAGUAGAGUAUACUGAGUAUACUUACAGCCACCAUGCAGUACCAUGGAGUGAUAGUAUUUCUCGUCCUAGCGAUCAGCUAACCAAGUUUAGAAGUAGUAGCGUUACGCCAGUGGAGUCUAAGUGUACAAAGUAGCAACUACGUACCAGUAAAUUUGGGUUUUUAUGACUGUAGUGGAUCUAAGUCUAACGCACGGACAAGUAUUAGUAGGCACCAGAGUAGUCAGUAUCGUCGGAAGUACCAGAGCUAGACGUCGACUGUAUUUUCAUUUUUGGUAUUGGUGUAAACAAGUCUGUAUAUCUGCUUUUGCGAGCAAGUAGAUUUCUCCGCUGUGUCGUGCAGGUGGGGCGAUUGUGACCCUGCGCGAUCAGAAAAAAGAUGCAGAUUGAGCAUUGACUCCGAAAGGAGAAUGGAAGAUCUG